AUGGACUAUAGUCCUUCUGCUCAAAGUAACUCGCCACUCAAUAGAUCGGGAGCAUUCUACUUAGUAUUUAUAGACUCAUUAAAUGACAGAGUCAGGCUUGAUUAUGGGGACGUGGAACAAAGAAAUAUUUAAUUCUAGGAAACUAAGAUCCUAGAUUUCAUGAAUAUGGAGUUACAAACAUCAUAUUAAUAGAAAAGUACUUGUAAUACAGAGAAAAUAUCAUAGUACAUAGACAUAGAGAAUAUAAUUGAAAAUGCUUUCACUCCAAAUUCAUCGUAACUUUUUAGUCAUUAAUACUUGGGAAUCACUAAGUUCUAAUUUGACAAUGACGACAGCACCUAAAAUUACCAUUAAUUCAACUUCUAAAUCCUCAAUCAAGACCUUUCAUUCUAAAUUUUCAUCUAAGAAAAAGAUAUGAAAAUCAAGUGGAGCAUUCUUAAGGAUGGUGAACAAAUUAAACAUGUAUUUGAGCAUGAGGAGGUCUUCAUGAGGAAGUCAUUUUUCGAGAGGGAAUUUGCUCUUUUGAAUUGUACUAACUGA